CGAAGGGCGGGGCCGGGCCCCGGGUUAGAACUCCAGUCGCAGCCCCGCCCAGUGAGCACCGCGCGGGGGCUGCAGCUGUGGAGCCGGCGGGAGCGCUUUUGCACCCCUGCUCCUCGGAGACGGCAUGAGGUCCCCGGUUCGGGACCCGUCCCCGAGUGAUGGCGAGGACGGCUCGGACAGCACGCCCCUGCUGCGGGGCGCCUCGGGGCCGAAAGCCGCUCCAGUAUGCUGCUCUGCUCGUUACAAUUUAGCAGUGUUGGCCUUUUUUGGUUUCUUGGUCCUAUAUGCAUUGCGGGUUAACCUAAGUGUUGCACUAGUGGAUAUGAUAGAUUCCAACACAACUUUGUCCGAUAAUCGAACUUCCAGAGAAUGUCCAGAGCAUUCUCCUUCCAUAAAAGUUCUCCAUAAUCAAACGGGUAAAAGGUACCAAUGGGAUGCAGAAACUCAAGGAUGGAUUCUCGGUUCUUUUUUUUAUGGCUACAUCAUCACACAGAUUCCUGGAGGCUACAUUGCCAGCAAAGUUGGGGGAAAACUGCUGCUAGGAUUUGGGGUCCUUAGCACCUCUGUCUUCACCCUGUUCACUCCCAUUGCUGCCGAUUUUGGAGUCGGAACUCUGAUAGCCCUCAGAGCCCUGGAAGGACUAGGAGAGGGUGUUACAUUUCCUGCCAUGCACGCCAUUUGGUCUUCUUGGGCUCCUCCUCUUGAAAGAAGCAAGCUUCUUAGCAUUUCCUAUGCAGGAGCACAGCUUGGGACAGUAAUUUCUCUUCCUCUUUCUGGAAUAAUUUGUUACUAUAUGAAUUGGACUUAUGUCUUCUACUUUUUUGGUGUAGUUGGAAUUAUUUGGUUUAUUUUCUGGAUCUGCUUAACUAGCGAAACACCAGAAACUCAUAAGACAAUCUCCCAAUAUGAAAAAGAAUACAUUCUUUCAUCAUUAAGAAAUCAGCUUUCUUCACAGAAGUCAAUCCCAUGGAUACCCAUGCUAAAGUCACUGCCACUCUGGGCUAUAGUAGUGGCCCAUUUUUCUUCCAACUGGACUUUUUAUACUCUACUGACACUGUUGCCUACUUACAUGAAUGAGAUAUUAAGGUUCAAUAUUCAAGAGAAUGGCGUCUUAUCCGCAGUGCCUUAUUUUGGCUGUUGGGUGUGUAUGAUCCUGUCUGGUCAACUUGCUGACAAUUUAAGGGCAAAAUGGAAUUUUUCAACUAUAUGUGUUCGAAGAACUUUUACACUUAUAGGAAUGAUUGGGCCUGCAGUGUUCCUCAUAGCUGCUGGAUAUAUUGGCUGCAAUUAUUCUCUGGCUGUAGCAUUCCUAAGUAUAUCAACAACUCUGGCAGGCUUUUGCUCUUCUGGAUUUAGCAUCAACCAUCUGGAUAUUGCUCCUUCAUAUGCUGGUAUCCUCCUGGGCAUCACAAACACAUUUGCCACAAUUCCAGGAAUGGUUGGACCCAUCAUUGCUAAAAGUCUGACUCCUGAAAACACUAUCAAAGAGUGGGAAACUGUUUUCUGCAUCGCUGCUGCUAUUAAUGUAUUUGGUGCCAUUUUCUUUGCACUGUUUGCCAAAGGCGAGGUACAAAGCUGGGCCCUCAGUGAUCACUAUGGACACCGAAACUGAAGGAACCAAGACACAAGCCUGCCUCCACUCGUGUAUUUCUGUUUAUCAUGUAACCUGAAAGUGCCUUUGCUAUUUUAAUGGAUAAUCAGUCUACAAAUAUGAAAAAUGUACUUGUAUUACAUUAAGACUUGUAAUCAUGAAGGGCCACUAGUAAAAUUUAGCUGUAAUUAAUUGUUAAUAAAACAUGUAUACUGGCGCUCUUACCUUAGGGCCCUACCUAGCUGCCACACAGGUACCCUGAAGCAGGGGGGGUGUUAAUUAGACUUUGAAAGGUCAUACCUGGAGGAAUGAGCUGCAGUAGAUCAUAUUUGUCUUUGCUUCAUUCAACUAUAGGUGGCGUCAGGCCUUGUUAAGCUUUGUGUUUUUGUCCACUUUCCUCAUACAAGCGUGAGGAUAAAUAUAUCAGCAAUUGCCGGAACUUAGGUCUCAAGCAUUAGCAUUUCUGUGAGUUGCCAGCCACUGCCUGAUUUGGACUGGCAGCUGCACCCAGGGACAAAGCGUGCCCAGGCCUCCGCCACGUGGCCCUCCCUGGUUUCAGGACAGGGUGCUACAUUUAUCAGCUGCAGCCUCCAAUGGAAGGGUGAGCACCAGGUCUCUAACAGUGUUCUUCCCAGCAGGGCUUGUUGAUGUGCAGACAAAGCCCCGAGUGGCAGGAGUGGCGAGGGCCACGGCCCUGGGAUGGCACAGCCUUUUCAGCAUGCACCAGUAUUGAUAGGAUCCUCACUGCCUCGGAAAGCGCAGUGCCCUGCCAACCACAAAUACCCUCAUCCUUGAACAGCACCACAUCGGUGUGGUUCACAGCGUACAUUUAUAAUGUCUGUUUCAUGAGCAACACCAGAAUUUUAAAAGGGGGGGGGUGGGGAAGAAACUCAUGUUUUCUUCCCGUCACAGUUUAGGAAUCAAAAAAUUUUGACUCGGCCACAGAACCUGGGACCAAUGAUAUCAUCGUCUUCCUGUGGGCUCCUGAAAUCGUAUAUUUUCCAGUUUUUCCUGUCUUCCAGUGGAUCAGGGGCAUCUUUUAGGGCAUUAUGUGAUUUAGAGCAGAGAUCCUUAAACUUUUUUUACAUGUCACUUUUUUUUUUCCCAAGUAAUGCCAGAAAUACCUGGGAAUAACAAUAUGGUUGCUUUUGAAUUAAUUUUUGGUCAUUGGGCAUUCAGAAAUCUUUACUGUUGCCAGAUUUUUCAUGAACACCUCUUCCCCAUUCAGUUAUGUGACCUCCCUUUGUGAUUGUGACCUACAGAUUUUAAAAACUAAAAUUUAGGGGCUGAAGCGAUAGCACAGUGGGUAGGGCGUUUGCCCUACACGCGCCCAACCCAGGUUUGAUUCCCAGCAUCCCAUAUGGUCCCCUGAGCACCACCAGGAGUAAUUCCUGAGUGCAUGAGCUAGGAGUGACCACUGUGCAUUGCCGGGUGUGACCCAAAAAGCAAAAUAAUAAUAAUAAUAUAAUAAUAAUAAUAAUAAAUAAAAAUGAAAUUUAGAGAACUAGAUUCAUGUUUUGUUUGUUCAAUACUACCUGUAUCAUUUCACUGAUUAAUGUAAUAUGAUAUGAAUACACUGAUGUAAAUUUAUUUUUAAAUUUGUAAAUAGCUUUAAGUUGCUCUUGUAUCUUUUAUAAAUCAAUAAAAUAAAUCUUUGGAUGGA